CGUGCGUGCACGCUACUGUAGCGGUAGCCAUUGAACAUAAUCAUAAUUUUCUAGGCGCUUUGUAACGUAAUUUCCUCCUUUAUGGGGGUAACUGUUGCCUAAUACAGUGGUCAUAUAUAUAGAAUCUUUAUUUGUAUGCACUGUGAAAGCGUUCUGUGAUGAAACUGUCUGAAAACGCUUCGCCUUGAUAAAAGGUAGGUCGACGUUAGCCAGCUAACAUUAGCUGUGAUAGCGACACCGGGCCUUCCGUAUGUGAGCACAAAGGCCGUGAUACACCGCCGUUCCCAAGCAUGUAUCCCACAUGGGGAAACUAUGGUGGCCAUCAGUCUCAAAACUUUGGGGGUCCUGGACCCCGAAAGCAGCCGGUCGGAGGUCAGGCCGCUCCAGUUGGUGGGUUCGGCGGCUACGAGGCCCCAGGGAGCGGCUCCCUCUUCUCCAGCCUGCAGGAGCAGCAUCUCCAGCAGAUGCAGCAGCUGCAGAUGCUGCACCAGAAACAGCUCCAGUCGGUGCUGCAUCACAACACUCCUGCAAAUACAUACGGCAGUGGUGCCGGAGGAGGAUAUUCAGGAUCAUCGUGGCAGCCGGAAGGAGCUGGACAUGUAGGCAGCUCUUAUGAUCCACAGUCAUACUAUGACCAAACCGAGGCUCAGUCCAGCCGGGGCCCACAGGGUCCUCCGCAGGAUCAGCCUCAGCCUCAGCCUCAGCCCCAGCCUCAGCCCCAGCCCCAGCCCCAGCCUCCUCCUCCGCAGCCCAAGGAGGCACAGCCAAAGCCUCCGCCGCCAGAACCGCCGGCACUGAAGACCGUCCAGAAUAACGGUGCUCCUAAAACAAAAGAGGUAAACAAGAACGAUUCCUCCACGCCAGGGGACGAAAAAUCCAAUUUUGCGUCUGUAUCUUUGCAGGAGCAACAGCAGUACUGGUACCAACAGCACCUUCAGAAUCUACAGAAGUUGAAGCAUGACAAGGCCAAACAGAGUAACAAAGAGGGAAAUAAUCCUGUGCCACCGCCGAUGCCAUCUCAGAGCCAGCCGGUUCCCCCUCCCCCAUUGGAACCCCCGAAAAAUGCUCCUCCUCCACCCCCACCAAAAGAAGAGCCCCCAGCACCACCUCCACCACCUGAUGAGCCGGACACCCCCCAGGACCCAGAGGAGGCUGCCCGACUGCAGCAACUACAGGCUGCAGCAGCACAGUGGCAGCAGGUGCAGCAGCAGAGGGCAGGCAUACAAUAUCAGGCUCUCAUGCAACAGCAUGAAAAGCUACAGCAGAUCCUGGAACAGUACCAACAGUUGAUUCAGCAGCCAGCAAAUCUACAGUCAAUGUCUGCUGAAAUGCAGCUUAGACACUACGAAAUGCAGCAGCAGCAGUUCACCCCAUUGUUUCAAGACUGGGAACACACUUUCAACCUCUGGUAUGAGCAGUUCCAGACCUACCCCCACAAAGACCAAUUGCAGGACUACGAACUCCAAUGGAAGCAGUGGCAGGAACAGAUGAAUGCCACCCAUGCUCACCUGCAAGAGCGUGUGGCUGCUCUUCGAGCCAUGGUGCCAUUCCCCACAAGUCAGUACACUAGUGGGGUGAUAGGACAGUAUGGACAGUACUCUGGACCAGAAAUGCAAACACAACAGCAAUUGGUCAGUCCAGGUAUGCAGCAUUCCCCGGGAGCUGGUCCCAGGUCCCAAGGUCCAUGGCCCACAGGUUUUGGGCCACAUUCAGAGCCACCCACUGGACCCCCUGUAAGAGGAAUUGGCCCUGCUGGUAGAGGAGCCAGACCACCACCCCCUCCCACCGGUCAGUCACCUCACUACAGCGGUCCUAUAGGUCCAAGACUUGAUGGUCCUAGAGGAAAUACCCCAAGGUUUGAACAGCCUCUGCAGCGCUUUGAUGGUCCUCCUAGAUUUGACCCACCACUGCAGCGCUUUGAGGGUCCCCCCAGAUUUGACAAGCCAAAACAGCACUUUGAUGGACCCCCCAGAUUUGACCAACCACAACAACGCUUUGAUGCCCCUCCCAGAUUUGAUCGUCCACAGUUUGAUCAGUCCCCAAAAGGAAGCCAACCUCGGUUUGCACAGCGGCCUAGAUUUGAACAGCCACCUAGGCAAACUGGUCCUCCACCUCGCUUUGAACGUCCCCCUGGUCCCCCACAAUUAGCACAGCAAGAUCCCCAGCACAGUAAAACAGAACCAGUCACUACCCAACCAGUCAGUACUGAUUCCAAGGCCUCAGUGAAAUUGGCGGGGCAACCGCAGACUGCAAAUGAAGAUGAUUCGAAAUCAGAUAAGAAGACAAAUCAGGAAGAUAUGACAGAUGACAACUUACUCGGAACAGAUGGCUUUUUUGUCCAAAGUGACCCCAUUCCUCAGACAUUAUCAACAAACACGAAGCCAGAGGACAGUAGUGGUUCUCCUAACAGCGAUAAACCCAGCCCUGUCAGCACCACACCCUCUAUAACAGCUUCCUCACCUGUGCCCCCCAAAAAUACAACUGUGCAGAAUAAUGUUAAACAAAGCGGGCCAUUGGCAAAUAACAAACCCCAGCAGGUGUCAAAGCCUUCUGGAAACCAACCGGAAGCACAACCCUCUGGACAAACACAAUCAAAACUAGAGCCUCCAAAGCCUCCACCUGCCAUGGUACAUGGCAGGGGACGAGGCCAGCCCCCAGUGCCUACCCAAGAGCGUGGACGGGGACGUGGGCAAAGGGGGCGUGGAGACUUCAGAAAUCCUAACACUACACCACUUGGGGAGGAGAGGGGUGAGAUAUCUUAUGACUACAUGCCACCGCAGGAGAACAUGGGGAUGCAGGAAGAGCAGGAAGAGUACCAGUGGCAGGAUCCUUCAUAUGAGGAGCCUAGUGGUGAGGAAUCAGAGAUGCCCCUUGAGCAAGACAUGUGGGUACCAGAAGAGCAUCACUUUCCAGUCGAUGAAGAGUAUUAUGAAGAGCCAGUGGUAGGACCCCCUAUGGGGAGAGGAGGACCCCCAAUGAGAAGAGGAGGGCCACCUCUUGGGAGAGGAGGGCCACCUUUUGGAAGAGGAGGGCCGCCUUUGGGGAGAGGAGGGCCACCUUUAGGUAGAGGAGGGCCACCUUUUGGGAGAGGAGGACCACCUUUGGGGAGAGGAGGACCACCUUUGGGCAGAGGAGGACCACCUUUGGGCAGAGGUGGGCCUCCCUUGGGCAGAGGGGGGCCUCCUUUGGGCAGAGGAGAGCCAAUGGAUAGCCACUGGGAAGAGCUGGAGACAGCAGAGUACUUGGAGGAAGAAGAGCCUUAUUGGGAAGAAAGAAGACCUCCAGUGAGAGGUAUGAGACCCCCAUUUCCACCUGGUAGGGGUCGUCCCCCACGAGGCCAUCCCGGUUUUAUGCACCCAGGUCGAGGGCGCCCCCCUCAUCCAGCACAUGUGGCAAUGGAUCAUGAUCCUCUAAUGGCCCCUGAUGGCAUAGAGAUGGAUCCAAUGAGGCGCCCUAUGUACCGUGGCCAUCCUAUGCAUCCUGAUGCAGUAAGAGGCAGGCGCCAUCCACCACCACCACCUCAUGAUAUGCUGGAUCCGAUGGGGGACCCAUUGUAUGAUGGUAUGGAGAGAGACUUAGGAUGGCAUCCACCCCCUCAUGGCAGAGGCCCUCCUAUGCCUCCACAUGAGAUAAUGGAGAGGGGAGGGAUUAGGAGGCGACCUAUGGGUCGAGGCAUGGCUAGAGGGAUGCGGCACCCAGGGCCACCUCGUGAGGAAUAUGAAGAGGGAUACAGUGAGGGUUUUGUUGAAGAUUAUAGCCAUGGGGCAGACAGAUAUGGCUGGCGACCACCACGCGACUAUCCUGAAGAAUAUGAGCAUGAGGACCACUACUAUGAGACUGAAUGGGACAGAGAGCGUGCUCCACCAGAAAGGGACUACCCUCCCCAUAUGCCACCACCAGAUCGUUUCAGAGAAGACCGUUGGCCAGAGGAAAGGGAAAGAGGUCACCCAUAUCCAUAUGAAGAACACGAAAGAGGAAGAGGGGAACUUAGAAUACGUGAAUACAGGGAUGAACCACCAUAUCGACCAGAAGAGCCAUCAUACCAACAACCCCCCCCUGAGUGGGAUAGGCCUUCAAGACCUCCUCCACAACCUGAGAGAGGAUAUCCUCCAGACUAUGAGGAUCGCAGGCCCCUCUAUGAGGACAGUAGAGAAGAGCUUCCUUUGGAUAUUCCUCCUCCACUACCCCCAGCUGCACCUGUCACAAAGGUGCCCGAGAGCACAACUGAUCCGGCAGCUCAAGGAGGUGGAACAGGUGUACUUGCCCUCUCUCAACGCCAGCAUGAGAUCAUCUUAAAAGCUGCUCAAGAGCUUAAAUUGAUAAGAGAAAUGCAGGAGGGGAAGACCCCUGGAACUGAACCUCAGCCUCCUGCACCUGAAGUGACACCCGAGCUUCCUGCUGGUCUUCUGGGUUUGGAGAUCCCCCCAGAAGUGAGGAAUGCUCUGAAGGGCAUGGCUGCAUCUGGACAAACUGCUGUGACUGAUCCUGUACCUUGGGAUACCAAGCCUCUCACCACAAGUUACCAGAAGCCUGUCACAGCCACACCUCCAGUGAUUCCAAAGACUGUUGAUUACGGCCACGGGCAUGAACCUGGUACCACUGUUGAGCGGAUCUCUUAUGGUGAGAGGAUUGUGUUGAGGCCUGACCCAGUACCAUCAGAGAGGGGAUAUGAAAAAGAACCCCUUGGCCCCAGAGAUCCUUACAGCAGAGAUCCAUAUUAUGAAAGACGACCAGACCCUUACCUGGACCGCCGGGUGUACAGCAGAGAGAGGGAGCUGUACAGAGACAAGUCUCCCUUGGAUUAUGAAAGAGACAGAUUUGAGAGAGAGCGUUACACCCCAAGAGAUGACAGCACACAGUCCAUGGUUGUUGAGGAAAGACCUCCACUGGGGCCCCCUCUACGCCCAGGCUACAGGGAAAAAGAGAGGGAGCUACGAGAUAGGGAGGGAAGUGCCGGUCGUGAUCGAGAUGAACAUUACGGAAGGCCUGGCUACGAUAGACCUCCUUAUGAGCGUGCUGGUCAUGAUCGCGGUGGGCCAGACCGUUACGGCCACAGCUCUUCUCCUUACAUGGACAGAAGGAGUUAUUCAGAGGAGCGAGGCCCUGGCGCUGUGUCAUCCAUACCACCCCCACCGCAGCCUCCCCCACGGGUCGAGAAGAAACCAGAAAUCAAGAAUAUUGACGAUCUCCUCAAACCACCUGGCAGAUUAUCUCGCCCAGAAAGAAUUGUCAUAAUAAUGAGGGGGCUUCCAGGAAGUGGAAAAAGCCAUGUCGCCAAGCUUAUACGGGACAAGGAAGUAGGCUGUGGUGGUGCUCCACCAAGAGUUCUUGUUUUGGAUGACUACUUCAUGACAGAGGUUGAGAAAGUUGAGAAGGACCCAGACACGGGGAAAAGAGUCAAAAACAAGGUUCUUGAGUAUGAGUAUGAGCCAGAGAUGGAGGACACAUACCGCAACAGCAUGCUGAAAACAUUUAAGAAAACACUGGAUGAUGGCUUUUUCCCUUUUAUUAUUAUUGAUACUAUUAACGACAAAGUAAAACAUUUUGAUCAGUUCUGGAGUGCGGCCAAAACUAAAGGCUUUGAGGUGUAUGUGGCCGAAAUCACUGCAGACAAUCAGACUUGUGCGAAGAGAAAUGUGCAUGGGCGUUCGCUGAAGGAUAUAAUGAAGAUGUCCAGUCAUUGGGAGUCAUCGCCACGUCAUAUGGUUCGCUUGGAUGUCCGGUCCCUCCUUCAGGAUGCUGCUAUUGAGGAGGUUGAAAUGGAAGACUUCAAUCCUGAUGAUGAGCAAAAGGAGCCAAAGAGAGAGGAGGAAGAAGAGAGUGAUCUGGGUUACAUUCCAAAAAGCAAAUGGGAGAUGGACACUUCUGAGGCAAAACUCGACAAGCUGGACGGCCUAGUGGGCGGUGGGAAGAGGAAACGUGAAGGCGAGGGCAUGGCAGGCAUUGAGGACUACCUUCAGCUGCCAGAUGACUAUGCCACACGCAUGUCAGAACCAGGAAAGAAAAGGGUUCGAUGGGCUGAUCUCGAAGAGCAGAAAGAUGCAGAUCGAAAGCGCGCCAUCGGCUUUGUGGUGGGUCAAACGGACUGGGAGAGAAUAACUGACGAGAGCGGCCAGCUGGCACAGAGAGCUCUCAACCGUACUAAGUAUUUCUGAGAAGAGAAUCUUACUUCCCUUGUCUUGUCCCUUUAUCAGAAAGGUGUCCAAGUGGUGAAGACACUGAACCUCACUUGUGGUGAAACAGGAACUCUUCGAGAGGCAAUUCUCAGUUUUAGAAAUACAUUUAGAUAUUUAGAAAGACAUUUUUAGCUUGUUAAUAAUAUUGUGCAUCCUCUAGUGGUGUUUCUUGUGUUCACCCGUGUUUGCUUUGCUGUUUUUUACGUUACAUGCUUUGUGAACUGUAUAUCUGUAGCACUGUUGCUUCUUUCAUGAAUAAAAACAGAAUAAAAGUUUCACAAAAUUA